CAAUACAGACGUUGGGUACCUUCACCUCUCGGCUCUCUGGAUUAUCCAAGUGUCUCUCCACUGUGUUGUCAAGAGACUUCUCUCCAACCUCCAGCUACUCCUCUCCUGCUGCUGCUGCUGCUGCUGCCGCCCUCAGCCACCGUUGUCAUCACCUCCAACAACCCGGGGAGACUCAACAAGACCAGACCAUCGGGCGAUCGGUGGCGGACCCCCAACUAGAAAAAGAUGACCUCGCACUUAAUGGCCCUGCGGUCGAUCCCAGUGACCCUGCUGCGUCUGCUGCUGCUGGUGGUGCUGCGGGAGUCCGGCGACCACAACUACGACGCCUCCUUCAAGCUGCGCAACCAGUACGACUUUGUCAUCGUGGGAGGCGGGUCGGCAGGGAGCGUGUUAGCGGCACGCCUGACAGAGAUCGGGGAAUGGAGAGUGCUCCUGCUGGAGGCUGGAGGCACCCCUCCAGCAGAGAGUCAUGUUCCAGGCUUCAACCAGCUCCUCCUCCAGGGUGACGCAGACUGGAACUACUUCACCACUCCUCAGAGCAAGUCCUUCAAUGGUUUUACUGAUAAUCGUAUCCCUUUUCCACGGGGACGGGUUAUAGGCGGGUCCUCAGUCAUCAACUCCAUGUUCUAUGUCCGUGGCAACCGACGCGACUUCGACCACUGGGAAGCAAUGGGUAACCCAGGCUGGGGAUACAAGGACGUCUUCCCUUACUUUAAAAAGUCUGAAGACUACAGAGGCAAGGUCAACAAGAAAACAGCCCAUCUUCACGGAUACGGCGGACCCCUGACGGUGGAGAACAAGAAAUGGAGUACCCCAGUACUGAAGGGGUGGCUGAAGGCUGGGAGGCAGCUAGGAUACAACCUAGUGGAUCCCAGCGACCCUGACCAGAUAGGCUUCUCUGUGGUGGACUUCACAUCGAGGAACAGCCUGCGUUGGUCCACGGCCGAAGCCUUCGUCAAGCCCUCGUCCUCCAGACCCAACCUACACGUCGUCCUCAAUGCACACGUCACUCAGAUUUUGUUUGACGACUACAAAAGAGCAAUAGGUGUCAAUUUCCAGCACAGGGGCAAGGUAAAGUCAGUAUACGCCAGGCGGGAGGUGAUCUUGUCUGCUGGCGCCAUCAACUCUCCCCAGAUCCUGAUGCUGUCUGGCGUGGGACCCGCCGACCAGCUUUACCGCCACGGUAUUCCCCUGGUGGCCAACGUACCAGGCGUGGGCCAUAACCUGAAGGAUCACCCGUACCUCACCGGGCUGGCCUGGACCAUCAGGAAUGGUUCCUCCUUCAACAUCCUCGACAACGUCAACCCCAGAGUUCUCCAGAGGUACAUCCACGAGAGGGACGGGCCGCUGACUGGGACCAUCUCCAUCGAGGGAUACGCCUGGCCACUGUCUGGAGCUGGGGACCCUUACUGGCCUGAGGUCCAGAUCGCCUUCCUGCCCUUCACCAUCGGCAAUGAUUACGGCCUCAUCACCGCCCACAUUCUCGGCAUCAAGAGAGAUCUGUACCACAAGUAUUUCCACAGUCUGAGUGGGCGGGAAGGCUUCUCCAUAGGACCCUUCCUCACCAGACCCAAGAGUAAAGGCACAGUCACCCUCAGGUCCGCCGACCCGCUCGACCCGCCACUUAUCGACACCAACUUCUUCGACCACCCCGACGACAUGGCGGCGUUUGUCAGAGGGAUGAAGUUCUCAAUUCAAGUGGGGGAGUCACCAGCUCUGAAAUACGACUUCGAUGCCGUGUUCCACAACCAGGUGCUGCCGGGGUGCGAGUACGAGGUUCUCUACUCUGACAGGUACUGGGACUGCUACGCCAGAAGUCUCACGGGGACGACCUACCACCCUUCCUGCACCUGCAAGAUGGGCCCCAUCUCCGACCCCUACAGUGUCGUCGACGCCCAGCUCAGAGUACGGAGUGUAUCGGGUCUUCGCGUUAUAGACGCGUCCGUCAUGCCAGAGAUCACAUCAGGCAACAUCAACGCUCCCGUCAUCAUGAUCGCGGAGAAGGCCGCCGAUAUGAUCAAGCUGGACUGGGGAGCCCCCGUCGUCCCGCUGGGAUAAUACCGAGCUAGGAAAGAGGCGCAUUUGUAUGGGGGUUUAACAUGUUCCACCGAGUUAUACCGAGUCGUGUCGCCUGCUGUCGUGUUGAGAGGCGACGCGUUCGACACACGAUGUUUACUGGAGUGUUGCAAAUGCUGGUCGGUUAAUUCACCAGGAUGCCAUGCAUGGUUGCCAAUUGGUUCAGGUGGGGCCCAAACACACAGAACGUACAACGUUUCCUACGAGGUGAUCCGUCUUUACCAGAAAGGAACCUUCACCUAUCAACCACUUGUUUUUAAAUGCUCCACCGAUCUCUAUUGAAUGAGACGCCUCACAGAACACAGUCCGCUCUCUCUAUCUGAUUCUUGGUAAAAAAAUACAAGUUUUACCUAAUCAGAAAUGUACGAACCCAAGCAACCCACUUAACCAAUCGAGACCGAUGCAUAGGAAAACGUUAAUAUUACGGGGCUUUAAGUUUGACUAAUUCGUUACAUUUUUUUAGGAAAUUUGACGAUCCCGUAAAAACAAAUUGCGACGCAUUGAGGUUCUUAAGACUCGCAUGAGUGGUCUGAAAGCUGAACGCGGUGAAUAGGUUCAGGAACUAUUGUGGGAUCAGAUAAGUUAUUCGGCCACAAGCAAUCGUCCAUUGACCACCAUGGCGGUGGCUUCGUGGAGGGGUUGCAGCACCGUCCUGCCAUCCUAGUGACCCGGGUUCGAAGCGGCAAAUUAAGCUUUCAUUAACACUUGUGUGGAAUACUGUUGUUGAACUCUAAUCCAGUUUCACUCACCCUUGACUGACUGACUGAUUCAGUGAAGUAAGCUGAAACUAUAUUUAUUUUUAUAUACUAAACAAUUUGAGAAUAUUCUCAGGAACAAGUACAUUAGUUAAGUCUUUUAAACUUGCUUUCGAUAGACUUUUAUCGCUAGUGCAAAGUUACCAGACUUAUCUCAAAGUUUUUUAAGUGAUGUGCUGAAAACUUGGAAAAAUGUUCAUCUCUAAAUAUUGACAAACGUUCGUAUCUAUAGCAACGUUUUGUUUGAACGUGGAAGAUGCUAAAUGGUUCCAACCGUUGCAUCAAAACUGGAAAAAAACAUGAGAUUCUUUGUAUACAGCAAAACAUUUAGAGGAGCUCUGAUAUAAUGCAGGAACGUGGGAUAUGAUAAGAUACAGCCACGUUCACCAAACGUGGAGGAAACAAGAUACAAUCAUGCGCAUUAAACGUGGAAAAUACAACCAUACGCAAAAAAAAUGGGAAAAUACAACCAUAAAACGUGGGAGAUACAAACGUGGAUACGAUACAAACACCUGCUUAUGAUGUGAACCCCUAACUCAAGUUACAGGUCUGUCAUCCUAGUAUACAGGAGUGUGAUGAGGCUACGCUCAAGAACUAGUCUCUUGGUUGUGCCAGGGUUUGUUUUCAAAACAAUUGUCAUGUUAUUUUGAAGCCAUAUUUUAUUUCUGAGCUGUGGCUCAAUUUUAUUAGGAUUUGUAAUGCACCGAUUACAAAAAAUGCAUCGCAUUUUUAUUACUAUCAUUAUUAUUAUUUAUUAUAAACUUUCAAGAGGAGUCGGACUGCAUUUAUUAUGCUUGAUUGUACAGCUACCGCAGUCAUCCUAUGGCCAAAUAUUUGUUCCACUGCGGUAAAUGUACGCACCUAGAUUCAUUUUCAUAUGGUACAAAGAUGAAUUAAAAUUCUGCAUGUAUACAGUUCUUCCAUAAAAUGCUCAAGUCUGCAUGUAUUUAAUUCUGAAUGCCUCUAAGAAAACUUUUUUGUUUCUUUGUGUAAUUAAAAAUACUAAACAUGUUGCUCUUAACACAAAUGCUGUACAAAUUCCCUGUAUUUAAAAGUAAUAAUGUUGAUAUGACAAACAUGCACAAGCAUGUAUGUAAAUAAAAAUUACUAGACACGUCUGUCAAAACUAUUGACAAGAUUAAUAUAAUGUAUUACUGACGACGUGUGUAUUUAAUUGUUUAGUAUGAUGAUAUACAAAUCUAGCAUCGUCUAGAACUGAAGACGUGUCCAGAGAGGCCUGGAACGCAUGUCGUGUAUCUAGUAUAAUCUAGAACUUAAUAACUCAUGGAUCUAUAUUUAUAUGUCUUGUCCUAUCCUAGUGUGCCGAGUGUUCCCCCCCCCCCCCUAAUGUCCGGGGGGAAAUACAUUGUUGUAUAUUGUAUAAAUAUGAGUGUGUGUAUGCAAUUGAUCCACAUUGAAUAUAACAGAUUCGACUAGAUGCUUUCGGUCAAAGUAUAUGACCAUUGCUACAGGCAAAAUGCGGCAUGUGGCAGCAUUAGUCUUUGACAGUAGUCAUGUAAUGUGACUGAAAGCGCUCAGUCGAUUUAAUUUUCAACGUGGAUUACGUGCGCUUAUUGAGAUCGGUGUCUUUGAUCUUUAUUUGCUUUGAGUGUGUAUAUAUAUUAUAAUAAUAAACUUAUUCAUGGCGUAAAA